AAAGAAUCGUGAAUAUGACGACGGAGAUAGGAUUAUGACACUUCUUUCCGCAUCUAAUCCUUCACAAUCACUGGUCGUCUUUCCAGAUAAACGUAGCAACAUAGCACCUUUCAUUACUGGCAUCGACAAUCACACACCUGAGGGGAACAAGAAGCAGAACAUGAAAUGUGUGAGAUUUAACAUUGGUGGUGAAUGUCGGGCUCUUUAGUUGCUAAUAGAUGUAUAUCAAAGGGGGGAAGCUUGUACUAUGAUGGAUAUGAACAUGAAUAUCCAGCUGAAUAUUUUGUCUAAUUGUGUAGCAUCUGUCAACGAUCCGGAGCUUAUUGUCACUUUGUGCUCGAUUUCUCAUUUCUCACUUACUCACACAAGCAAACCCUCGUCUCACAUCCCAAAUCUCAUGGCUUCAUUGUGUCGAAGAAGAACACGAGCUCCCCAAAAAAAAACCUCCAUCUUCAACAAUGACGACAUUGUUUGCCAGAAAUGCAACUCCGGCAAAUCCCCAACCAAGUUGCUUCUUUGCGACAAUUGCAACAAAGGCUACCAUCUCUUCUGCCUGACUUCCGUCCCGAAAUCCUCGUGGUUUUGCCCCUCUUGCUCCCACAACACCAACACUAAAUAUGUAAGGAAGAAGAGAAAGCGGGGUAGUCGUUGGGUGAGUUCGAAAAAGAAAUGGAAUCUAUUGCCAUUUGUGCCGAGUGCUGAUUCUAUGAGGAGAUUAGAACAGAUGGCUUCGUUGGUGAAUGCGUUGGCUGCAACCAAAGCGGAGUUCAGUAACGCACUUACAUAUAUGCCUGGAAUGGCACCAAGGAAUGCAAAUUCUACUGCUCUUGAAGAUGGGGGUGGGGGAAUUCAGGUAUUAUCAAAAGAAGGCACCAAGGCUCUAAACUUGUGCACAGAUAUGAUGGAAAGAGGAGAAUGUCCACCCCUCAUGGUUGUUUAUGAUCCGCUGGAAGGGUAUACUGUAGAAGCUGAUAAACCCAUAGAAGCUUUGACAAUAAUAGCAGAAUAUGUGGGAGAUGUGGACUACCUAAAGAAUCGGGAAGAUGAUGAGGUGAAUAAUAGCAUGAUGACACUUCUUUAUGCUUCUGAUCCUUCACAAUCGCUGAUCAUCUGCCCAGAUAAACGUAGCAACAUAGCACGUUUCAUUAGUGGAAUCAACAAUCACACUCGUGAAGGAAAAAAGAAGCAGAACGUGAAAUCUGCGAGAUUUAAUGUUAAUGGUGAAUUUCGGGUUCUUUUAAUUGCUAAAAGAUAUAUACCGAAGGGAGAAAGAUUGUAUUAUGACUACAAUGGAUCCGAAAAUGCAUAUCCAACUAAACAUUUUGUUUAACCGUGUAGCCUUUGUCAAUGAUCUAGAACUUAUUGUAAGAAAAUAACUUUAACAGGGAAUAUCUUUAGCAUUGUCAGCUAGAAAGAACUGAAAUUUUAAAAGGGUUUUGUCCAUGUGUUGGGCAUGUAUCUUGUUAUAUACCUUGUGGAUGGAUAUUUAUAUUUGUAGUAAUAUAUUUAUGUUUUGAAAAUAAUUUAAA